AUGAGUAUUACUGGGAACCUGAGUCAGAGAGACUGCACCACUCUGUUUUCUAAUUUAACCACAAACUACACAGACACAUACUUCUUCAGAGUAGAGAAUGAACCAUUCAAGGCGACAGCUCAACAAGAUCCUCUUCAAAUAACAGUCAGAGAUUCUCCUUGGAGGUCCAAUAUUACAAUCCCAGGUGAUCUGAAGGAGAAGGAGUCUGUCACUAUAACCUGCUCAGCUCUCACUCCCUGUCCACACUCCCCUCCUCAACUCACCUGGAAUCUCCAACAAGACUCUCACAACAAAAUAGAGGAAAACACAGAUGGAAGCUUUACAACUAAAAUCCAGCAGACCAUCACUCUGUCAGACACACAUGAUGGAAAGAAGAUCAGCUGCUCUGCCAGAUAUCCUGUGAACCAAGGAAAAGACACCAAGACAGCAGAGACAGAAGAGACUCUCAGUGUUUCAUGUGGAAACCUGGUUGGUGUCUAUACUAUAGUGAAGACUGUGGGAAUCAUAAUGCUCGUGAUCACACUGAUCAUAUUUGAGUGCUGGUUCAGAUCAAGACGCUCCAACAAACCAGAGACUGAAGGCUGUCAGAUGAGCAGAGUCACAUCGCAACACAUCAACUAAAGUUUCCACAGGAUGACAAACUCCACCUUGAAAAAAAAAAACUAAAGUCACUGUAGUGAUGUUUAACAGUUGUACAUGACCGUUUUACUUUGAGUGUAAAAAUGGUGUUGCAGGAAUGUAAACAUUUACUCUGUGGAUAAUUAUAUAUCAUUCCUUCACUGCCCUGAGUCUGUUAAACAGGAGCUGCUUCAACCUGACCAUUUUAUUGUUAAUAGUUUAUCCAUGAAUAUUAAUCAAACACCACACUUCUGUA